CCGAGCGCGGCGUUUCGCACGAACUUAUCACGCACGGCUCUUGGGGGGCAUCUCAAGACUGUAGAACGAACGGUCAUCUUGAACAUCACCGCAGCUCAGAGCCAGCGCCGCGACAUGUCUGUUUUCAACGCCUCCCGCCUUGUCGGCAAGACCGUGCUCAUUACGGGUGCAAGCGCUGGUAUCGGUGCGGCUACCGCGGUUCUAUUCGCGAAGGGUGGCUCGAAUGUCAUCUUGGCUGCUCGUCGCACGGACGCUCUGAAGGCCGUAGCGGAGGCCUGCACGGCGGCGCACAAGGAAUCUGGCAUCCAGCAGGGCGGAAAGUUUGCGACUGUCCAACUCGAUGUCGCCGACAAGAAGCAGAUCGCAUCUUUCAUUGACAAGAUCCCGCAAGACCUUCGCAGCAUCGAUAUCCUCGUGAACAAUGCUGGCUUCGUGCUCGGUGUAGAGAAAGUCGGAGACAUCUCAGAAGCCGACAUGGAGGCCAUGUUUACCGUCAACGUCUUUGGUCUGAUCUCUCUCACUCAGCUUUUCAUCAAGGACUUCAGGGCACGUAAGACCGGGCACAUAAUCAACAUCGGCUCUGUUGCCGGCCGGGAACCUUACGCUGGUGGUGCAAUCUACUGCGCUACGAAGCACGCUGUGCGUUCGUUCACAGGCUCGCUCCUCCGCGAGGUCGUCGAUACGCCUAUUCGCGUAACGGAGAUCCAGCCCGGUAUGGUCGAAACUGAGUUCUCGGUCGUCCGCUUCCGCGGCGAUAAGGCCGCGGCUGACAAGGUCUACGAGGGUCUGCAACCCCUGGUCGCCGAGGACAUCGCGGAGGAGAUUGUCUGGGCAGCAUCUCGCCCGCCUCAUGUGAACAUUGCCGAGCUCUACGUCCUCCCGGUGAACCAGGCGAGCCCCACUAUCAGCUUCCGUCCUGGUAAGCAGUAGCACAAAUGUAGAUACAAGUGAUGGAACCAAUGUAUCAUACCUGGCGACAGCCGCGCGACUCAUCCGUCGCUCUAUGCUAUAACGUCCCAACCACGCUAUGGGCCGU